AUGGAGGUCCAGCCCGUUUUGCAGUACUGGAAACGAAGCAAGCUCAUGGCCAUGCGAGUCGUGAGUGCGUACAGAACCAUCUCAUCGGAAGCAGUAUGCGCUAUCGCCGGAAUGAUCCCUAUCGGCAUCACGCGGUGGAUGAUAGCGAGUGGUACAGUCCAAGAGAAGCCGGUAGAGUACGGAAAGAUAACGGUAAACAGAAAACACGGAGAAUUCAACCACCACCGGACGCAGUUCCUGUCUGGCCACGGCUGCCUCAGGAAAUACCUGCAUCGGUUCGGACACGCAGCGUCACCCCUCUGUCCGGAGUGUGGCAACGUGGAUGAAACGUCGUGUGCAUGUGGUCUUCGACUGCCCAAGGUUCGAGACAGUGCGAAGGGAGAUGCCUGUCCUUAA